UCACAGUGUUUUUGAGUGGUAGUCCAUCUAAAAUGUAUAUAAAAAUGUUUAUGUAAUCAAUUUCAGAUGAACUUAAUCUGGUUUUAAAGUGUAAAGUUUAGGAUCCAAGUCACUUUAAAAUGUGUCCGAUCAAUCAGUGAUGUACAGAUACCAAUACUGGUACCAGAUAUUUGGCCAAUAUCAAUUCAUUUUUGACAUCCUCAGGGGUUAAUGUACAGUACUUGUCAACAAUUUCUCUAUGAAACAUUUCAUUUUAAAUUCAUGGUUGCUGAAGGGCGUUUUUUGUUUUAAAUACUUUUCAGGCUUACAGUAUAGAGAGUGUUCCACUUCUGGGACACAACACUACACUACUGAUACCUGUAACAUCAAACCCAGAGUGCUGAAGGGCGUGUCUUGUUUCAACCCCUUAUUAUUGGUAUUUUAAUAUAGAGAUUUUGGAGCCCGCCUCAAGUGGAUAUUCAAGGACAACCUUUCAUGACUAAAAGGGAUUGUCAUUGUGUGUUAUUUAUUGUGUAGAAGCCAAUCCUGGGUCACACUGUAAUGCAAUGGUUUUAAAGUGUAAAGUUUAGGAUCCAAGUCACUUUAAAAUGUGUUCGAUCAAUCAGUGAUAUACAGAUAUUAAUACUGGUACCAGAUUUUUGGCCAAUCUCAAUUCAUUUUUGACAUCCUCAGGGGUUAAUGUACAGUACUUGUCAACGAUUUCUCCUAUGAACACAUAUUUUAUAUUACUACAACUGUGGUUUACUCUAUUGUCAUUGAUUAUUUGUUUGCCCACCAGCCUCCACUAAUUGCAUUGGUAUUGUGGGUACCAACAGGGCGAGUGUCUGCAAAUACAUUAAUAAACACCUAUAGCUGCUACAUUAGUGUUAUAAACCAUUUAUGAAAUGUUUAUAUACUGUCUGUAGUCUGUAUGGAUAUAUUCGCUUUUUGUGCCAGGCUUUGGACAGAAACAGGCAGAAUAUUUUGUUUAAGACGGAGCUGUGUAAUCUUGUAUAAUCUGUAGUUUUGCAAUGGAAUCAGACAGCUAACAGUAAAUCUCUGAGGGUUGACACAUUAUGAGACAUAUAAAUCAACACCAAUAAAUUAGAAGCAAAAGAAGAGGUGUGCCUUGGCCAAGUAUCAGCAACAAGUUCUACACAGGCACAGUUUUUGCACAGAGCUGGAUGCCUUUCUGUCUGAAGAUCAGUUAACAGUCAACAUUUUCAACAACACAGCCGAAGAGUCUUUGGCACACACAGCGUCAACAUGUCGGCUCCUAACUAUCUUCUGACUGAAGAGCAGCUUUUGUGCUGCAUCUGUCUGGAUGUGUUCACUGAUCCGGUCACAUUGCCAUGUGGACACAACUUUUGCAAAGACUGCAUCACGCAACACUUGAACUUCAACUCCCAGCGGCAGUGUCCCAUGUGUAAAGAGCGUCUUGACAGAAAAUAUAAGCUUGGGGUCAAUACUUUCAUAUCUGAGAUGGCUGUUCAAUUCAGACAGUCAGCUGGAAAGAAAGCCAGGAAUACCUCUGAGGAAGACGUUGCCAAGCCCGGGAAAAUUUUCAAUGACCUUCCUGGAACUAGAAGGACAGCCCUGAAGUCCUGCAUAUUGGUAACAUUAGGCCUAGCCUGUCUCACUAUUUACUUUUCAACUAACCUUAAGCUACAUCAAACAGUGUUGAGCCUGAAAACUGAUCGACUAUUUGAUACUGGGGAGAACGUGGCGGACAACACGUGUACCAAGCAUGGCAAACCUCUCGAGCUCUACUGCAAGAACGAGCAAAUGGCCAUAUGUCAGUCCUGCGCUGACUCAAGUCACAGAUUUCACCAUGUUGUUCCUCUGAAGAAAGAAUAUGAAGUAAAGAGGACAGAGCUAAGGAAAAUAGAGGCUAGAAUUCAGCGGAUGAUCCUGGAUAGACAACUGAAAGAUCAGGAGAUCAGACAUUUGAUAAAGCUCAGCAAGGAAUCUGCGGACAGAGAGGUGACAAAUGGUGUUCAGGUCUUCACUGCUUUGAUUGAAACUUUGGAAAGAGCCCAGGCAGAACUCAUUGGGAUGAUUGAAGAGAAGCAGAAAAUGAAAGACGAAGAGGGCAAUGUUUGUAUCCAAGAGCUGGAGCAAGAAACCUCCGAGCUGACAAGGAGACGGGCUGAGGUACAACAGCUCUCACGUUCAGAAGACCACCUCCAUUUCCUCCAAAGCUUCCCAUCCCUGAAGGCUUUUCCAGUCACUAAAGACUGGACAGAGGUCAACAUUUGUCCAGCGUUAUAUGAAGGAAUCGCGAGGACAGCUAUGGUGAGUGCUGUGGAUCAGCUGACAAAGAUAGUCAGAAAAGAAAUGAAGCAGCUGCAUGAAGUUGAGCUGAAAAGCAUCCAGCUGAAUGGGGUGGAUGUGACUCUGGAUCCAGAUACAGCACAUCCUGCUCUCAUCCUUUCUGAUGACGGGAAACAAGUACACUGUUGUGACACGUGGAAUAAACCCCCCGACAACCCAAAACAAUUUGAAUCUGCGUUGCAUGUUUUGGGAAAGCAGAGUUUCUCUUGUGGAAGAUUUCACUAUGAUGUUCAAGUUAAGGGGAAGACUGGAUGGACUUUAGGAGUGGCCAGUGAGUCAGUCACCAGGAAGGGAGAGAUUAAACUAAACACAGAGAAUGGCUACUGGUCUAUAUGUCUGAGGAACAGAAAAGAGUAUUUUGCACUUGCUAGCCAACCUGUCCCUCUCUCUGUGAAUUAUCCUCUUGAGAAGGUGAGAGUGUUUGUAGAUUAUGAGGAGGGUCUGGUCUCCUUUUAUGACGUUGAUACUGCAGAUCUUUUAUUCUCUUUUACUGGAUGCUCCUUCACAGAGAAACUAUACCCAUUCUUUAGUCCUGGUACUGGUGACAGUGGCAGAAAUUCUGCCCCACUGAUUAUCUCUCCAGUCAGUGGAUACAACAAUCUUGAUGGUCAGUAAUCGAUUGCUAUCUGCUGGUGGUUGGUAGAUGGUUACUAUGAUGUUGUAGGUGGUUACUCAUAGGGAUGUAUUUUUUUUUAUUUGCAUAAAAACAGAUAUUGAAUUUCAGCUGCACCAUGUAUACAUGUAAUCUGGAGAGCAGUGAACAAUGGUAAUUGUAAAAGGUAUUUUACAUUCGAUUGAAAUGGUGCACUAAAAAAAGCUGGGUUAUUUUGUUCUACCUAUACGUGGGGUUUAAAGCUUUUUAGGUUGUUUUCAGAGUUGGGUAGUUUUUGUGUUACCCAGCUGCUGGGUCCAUGGUUGGGUCAUCCAGAGUGACGGUUGACCGCCGCUGCUCCAAACUCCCACAGCCGCUGUGUCGUCCCCUGUUGGCAACAUACUACCCAUGAAGCAGCACAUCCUCAUCGUGCAUAAGGGUAAAGGAAAGUGUGUAGGGACUUGGCUUGGGAACUGGAGGGUCGCCUGAACAAAUCCCACAGACCACAACAUGGAGUGUGGACUGGUAGCUGGAGAGGUGCCAGUUUCACCUCCUGUGCAUUGCUGAGGAUCCCUUGAGCAAGGCAACCUAACCCCAAGAAACUGCUCAUGGGUACCGCCAACCUGGCUACGGCUUAAGAAAGCAGACUUAAAUGUGGAACUCGCUUCCCUGCAGUGGCGGUGAGCAGUGUUUGGAUUAGAGAGGAGGUUCUGGGUGCGGAGUCGGGAUCAACACGUGAGCAACACUGUCCGCGGCAGCAUCGUUUAUCGACCACGAGGCUUACUUCCUGUUUCCAGUAGGGGGCGCUUAUGAGUGAGUCAGAUGUGUUCAGGGUGGGACUUUUAGCAAACAUAUGAAGUUUGGUUGGAAAAUGGACAAAGUACACUGAAGUUAUGGCAACUUCCUGUUUCACAGCCAUACGUUGAAAUUCAACGCCACCGCCAUGGACACGUCGUUUAACGCACAAACGUCACAAAUAGCACAACUUUUAAUCGUGAUUGUCUUUAGAGCUCACAGACAAAGACAUUUGAAGUUGGUCUAAUUGAUUCCCUCAAUUUUAUUUCCCUCAAAUUUAGACUCAAAUUAAUUUUAUUUAAAGCAGCAAACAAGGACCUUUUGUUGAUUCUGGUGCCCCCAGUGGACAAUAGCAGUAGUGUUUCUACAACCCCAUUCAUUUUAGGGGAAUCCGACAGGCAGGAAUUAAGAAUAACUUGGUUCACAGUUAGAAGAAAAAUGUGAUGAAACAUGAACUUACAUGUCCAUAAAGCAGAAGUCCAAAAUCCUGAAACUAGUCCAAACAAUAAAGGCAAAACACGAGCAGACUGAGCGACACAUGUGAACGAACAAAUGAAACAAACACACUCAAGGACUAAAUACACAGGUGAGGGGGAGGAUAACGAGACACAGGUGAGAAUAAUCAAAACUGGAGGAAACAGGAAGUGAAAACAAGACACGAGAGGAGGAAAACUACAAAAUAAAACAGGAAAUAACCAAAGAAAAUCCUAAAACCAUGACACUGUAUAUAAAACCAAUGGUUUUAGUUUAUAGGUCUUAUAGAGCAGCUCUGAAUCCUAGAAAUGAUGUUUAUACACAACUAAUUUACAACAGGAAAUACAUUUAGCAGGAAUAUUCAGUUUUCUAUUAACAUAAUAGGAGACCUUAUUAUGCUUUUUACCUGUUCUUUGGUGCGUUAUAUUUCUUUUUUGUGCCUGUAAAUGGUCUGAAAAAUGUAAAAACCCAAAGUUCACGCCAGUAACUGCAGUGAACAGCCAGAAAAGUUUAUAUAACAAAAAAAAAUUAGUUGAAACUGAUCACACUGAAUGUUUUAAGUAAAACUAACAUUCUUGAUCAAGUAGCUUUAAUAAAAACUAAGUUAGUGUCACUAAAAUUAAAAGUAAAAGCUGCUUAAUCAAGAAUUUUUAAAACUUUUUUUAACCUAAAAAUUUUGUUUUUCUUCACUUUGAUGUAAUUAAAUUAAUAAAUUAAUUAACUAUUACUUUUUUUUUUGUUAAAACAACUUUUCGCAUUACAGGAAAACAGUCUCAUAUCUUUUCCAAUGUCUUAUUCUUUUUUUUUUUUUUGACACUCGGGGAAGCCAAAAAGCACGUCUUGGUGCCUCGAUACAGCGGCUGACGCAAGUGACGUUGAACAAGCAAAGUCAGAAGCAGAUUGCGCCCUCAUCUCAUAUUCACCACUCAGUGUACAGAUUCAGUCUCUGUACCUCAGUAUGUUGACAGAAUACUUUUGAGCCCCUGCUGCUGGAGACUGCUGGUUAAUACAACUCGAUUUCAGCUGUAGAAACCUGAUUAUUUGGCUCUGUAAACCUUUAACCGUGUUUUUAAAAAAGGCUUUAUUAAGUGUGUGAAAGCCUCGUGCCCAUUUAUGUUGCUGCUGAAUCCCCAGCUUCACACACACACACACACACACACACACACACACACACACACACACACACACACACACACAUUCAGCCAGUGCUGGUAAUCCAAAUCUGCACAGAGCUACUGUGUGUGGCUGUGUGUGUGUGUGUUAGAGUGAGUCUCAGUGUGUUAGGGUGCGCUCCAGGGUAAAUAGCGUCUGAUUUGUACUGUGACUCUGCUGCCUUCAAAUCUAUUUUCUCUCAAUGUCACAGACUCUCUCUCUCUCUCUCUCUCUCUCUCUCUCUCUCUCGUGUGUGUGUGUGUGUGUGUGUUUGUGUCUGUGUGUGUUCAGGGUUUCAUGUCAGGUUAUAAUCCUGUCAGACUCAGAAACCUGAACUGACAUGAACAAGAGAGAGAGAGAGGAAUGAAUGACAGACUCUCUCUCUGUCUCUCUCUCUCUCUCUCUCUCUCUCUCUCUCUCUCUCUCUCUAUCCGGGGUAACCAUGGUAACAGGCCUUGUUUCCAGCACCAGAGCUGCAGGUUUGGAAACCGACUGCCUCGGUGCCCUUGAGCAGAAGAAGAAGAGAGGAGUCUUUCAUACACUGCAAAAAAUAUCAAACUAAACACUUGAAAGAUCCCCAAAAUUGACAAAAUAUCAAAGUAAAGAUUCUAAAUCAGACAGGAAUAUCAAAUUAAAGACAUAAUAGUAAACUAAAAACUCUAAAACUGACAGAAAUAUCAACCUUAAAAAUGAAAUGAGGCACUAAAAUCCACGUAGAGACCAAACAACCCGGAGAAAUAUCAAACUAAAGACUAUAAAACAGACAGAAACAUAAAAACUGACAUAAAUGUCAAACAGAAGAAAUCUCAAGCGGACAAAAUAACAAACGUAAUACCCUAAAACAGACAGAAAUAUCAAACUAAAGACUAUAAAACAGACAGAAAUAUCAAAAUGAAGGAUGAAACUGACACAAAUGUCAAACUAAAGAAUCUGAAACAGGCAGAAUAAUGAGAGACUCAAAGGAAAAGACCAAAAGAAACCAACAGAUAUAUCAGCCUAAAGAUUCUCAAACAAUGAGAGACAUCAAUCUGAAGACCAUGCAACCCAGAGAAAUAUCAGAGUAAAGACUCUAAAACAGACAAAAACAUCAAAACUGACAUAAAUGUCAAAUGAAGGAAUCUCAAACAGAGAAAAUAACAAUCGAACACCCUUAAACUGACAGAAAUAUCAAAGGAAAGACUAAAUCAGACAGAAAAAUCCACCUAAAGACCAAACAACCCAGAUAAAUAUCCAACUAAAGACUCUAAAACAGACAGAAACACCAAAAUAAAACGCAUACAAACGGCAAACGAAAGAAUUUGAAACAGGCAAAAUAACCAGAGACUCUAAAAACCCACAGAACUAUCAAACUAAAAGACCAACAUCACCCUCAAGAUUAUAAAACAGUCCGAAAAUUCAAACUAAAACUGACAGAAAAAUCAACCUAAAGACUAAAACAGACACACAAAUCCACUAAAAGUCCAAACAACCAGUGGGAUAUAUUACAAUAACAACUAAAAUGGACAUAAAGGUCAAACAAAUUAAUCUAAAAUGGACGGAAAUAUUAAACUAAAGGCAAACACUGUCACAAAAAUCAAUCUACAGACCAAACAACUGAAAGAAACCAACAGAAAUAUCAAACUAAAGACCCUAAAAGUGAAAAUAAAAAAACAGAAACCAAAAUUCUGAAAUAAAAACCCCCAGAAAUGACCAAGAUGUGAAAACUGAAACAUAAAAACUGACACAAAUAAUGUAAUUACGAUUACACGUUCCACAAAUUCAAAUAAAAAAUUACAUUUUCAUGUCUGCAAUAUGUAAUUAUGUCGGAUACGGACUAAAAGUGACAAACUAAAGAGUCUGAAAAGAAUAAUUAAGACCCUAAACCCGACGGGAACAUCAAACAGACAUCAACAUAAAGACUAAAGCGAACACAAAUGUCAAACUAAAGAUUCAGGAAUAUCAACUUAACGACUACAGCAGUGAUAAAAAUAUAUAUCUGAAGAGUGAACAGCGGAGAGAAAUAUCAAACGGAGGAAUAAAAGCAUCAAAAACUAAGGACUCUAAAGCAGAAUCAAGACUUCAAGACCUCUCAACCAGCAGAGAUAUCGGUCUGACGAUGUGAGACUGACAGGGAACAUCAAACUGAAGACUCCUCGACAGGAAACAUCAAACUAUAAAGGAUCCAUAAAACGUAGAAACUAAUUAGGAGUGAUCAGAAUGAUGGACGACCAAUAAGAAAGUGCUCUCUCCUCCUCCUCUUCCUCCUCUCUAAUGAGUGGUUUCAGUCUUGUGUUGUAAUAAAAAAGGUAUAAAAACCUCCUAUUCUCAGGCUGUAACACUGCAGUAGGCCUCUGAGUGUGUGUGUGUGUGUGUGUGUGUGUGUGUGUGUGUGUGUGUGUGUUUGUGUGUGUGUGUGUGUGUGUGUGUGUGCUCCUCUGAUAAUCAACCACAAUUACGUCCCAACAGAAAAGGGAGAAAAGAAGAAGUGGGAGGGAAGCUAUCAGAGAGAAGCCAUUGAUAUGAUUCCUGUGUUGCAGUUCAGCCAGCGGACAUCAGAAGAGGAGGAAGCGUGGGGGGUUUUGGAUUAAAGAACAGCAGACUGAGACGAGCAACCACAGUGGGGGCUGUUGCCCCAAGAGGAGAGGAAGAGAGGGCCGAAUAGGAGCCAUGCUGGUCCUGGUUUGGACUUUAAGGCGGCUCCUGGCUAUAACAUUCUGGUUCUGGAUGAAAAAUGGGACUCAUGCUGAUCAAACAACAGGAAAUCAGAGACUGUUGUGCCCCCACAUCUUUUACAGAAGGACCACGAACUGAGCUGGAAGUGGAUGGACGCUGUUUCUUUCUAUGUGAAGAUGAAAUGUUAUCUUGUUGCUGUUGUUUACAUUCAAGAAAUUAUCUCCUGGGUGUAAAAGUGUAUUUAUUUAUGUAGAUUUAUUGGAAAUUCUUUAUUAGUAUUAACCCCUUUAAAGAUGAGGGUCCUAAAUAUGUAGUUAACAGCAUACAAUUAAACCAAAUUUGACAAAAAAAACCCCCCAAAAAACCCCAAAAAACCCCAACAAAACAAAAGAUAAUUACUUCAUAGUUAAAGUGGUAGGAUUAAUAUAAUGUUAUGAAAUUACAAUGUACAACCAACAUUAAGAACAACUGAUACUAAAAUAAGAAGAAAGGGUAUUUUAAACAGGUGCUAUGAUGACUGAAUACUUACAGGGAGAUUAUUCAAUUAUUAAAUAACUGUAUAAAUAUUUUAUUAUUAUUAUUUCUAUGUUAUUCUAUGAAUUUAAUUAUCUUUUCCUGUGUGUUUGAAAGCUCUCAUUUCAUUAUACAACCUUCUUGUGUUGUUUAAUGAUAAAUAAAUUGAUUCCUUAAGUUAAUAUGUUGAGCUUGUGAGCAAAUAGUUGCUUAUUUACGCAUCCAUCAUUCAUCAGGAGACGUAUUUGUUUCUCUGACGUUGCUGCCGAGCGUUUUUAGAGCUUAGAUAUUAACAGAUGUUCUGUUUUCUGUGAGAAUAAAAAGAGAUUAAAGCAGCUAAUUGGUUUCGUCUCUGUCGCUUCAUAUGUUCACUACAUGUCACGAGGUGUUAAAAUACGCUGCCACCUCCUGUAAAUAUAUAAUGUGUAUGAUCAAAUGGCAGCGAAUUGACGUCAACCCUUAAGGCUGCUAAUAAAUAUUCAUCUGGUUCAAGACGAAGAAGAAAAACGUAAGGAAGAAUUGGAUGGGAAAUUUAAAGAAACAUUAGAAAGAUUAAAAGUCUGUGUGUCUUUGUACCCGUUUAGUAUCUCUGUAGAUAUUUUAGCAUCUUUGUUGUCAUUCUGUAGUUGAUGUUUGUCUCUUUUUAGUUAUUUUGUAGUCAUUUUGCAUCUCUUUGAAUAUUCUCUUGAACAACUCUCUUUUUGGUCAUUUUGCUUUCUGUUUCUUGUAUCUCUUUGUAGCUGUUUAGCAUCUUUUUACAGUUGUUUUGUGGUCAUUUAGCGUCAUUGUUAUCAUUUUUUAGUUGUUUGUAUCUUUUUGUAGUCGUUCUAUGUCUCUUUGCAGUCAUUUUGUGUCUCUUUUCAGUUCUGUGUCUGUUUGUUGUUGUUCUCUGCAUCUUUGUAUCAUUUUGUCUCUUUGUAGUGGUUUUCUUGUCAUUUAGCAUCUUUGUUGUAAUUUUGUUGUUGUUUGUAUCUGUUUUUAGUUGUUUGUAUCUUUUUGUAGUUGUUCUAUGUCUCUUUGUUGUCAUUUUGUGUCUCUUUUUAGUUGUUCUGUGUCUCUUAGUUAUCAUUGUUUGUCUCUUUGUAGUGGUUUUCUUGUCAUUUUGCAUCUCUUUGUAGUCGGUUUGUAUCUGUGUAGUUGAUUUGUGUCUCUUUUUUUUUCUUUUUUUCUUUGUCUCUUUGCAGCUGUUUUGUAGUCAUUUAGCAUCUUAGUUGUUACUUUGUAGUCAUUCUGCGUCUCUUUCUUAUCAUUUUGUGUUUUUGUAGUUUGUACCCAUUUACCAUCUCUUUGUAUGUUUUGUGUCUCUUUUUGGUUGUUUUGAAUCCAUCAUCUAUGGAUAUUAUAUACAACAUAUUCCAUUUCUGCCAAUCGAUCCUCCUAAAUGUUUGUCCUAAACGUUUUAAAGGCAUAAAGUUUUGCAUAAUUAA